GGCAGGAAUUGUAACAAAACAGCAGCCAUGCCCGUCCGCAUUCACAGAUUUCUUCCCUCUUCAUCGUCAACAUGUAUGAUUCCCGAAACUUUUAAGUCGGCGGCUGCUUGAAGUCUGCACACAUUGUUGUUGAAAAUUAAAACCAUUUGAUUGCAUCACAAUCACCUCUCGACUCUUUCAUAUAUACAUAUUCUAUAUUCUUGUUAGAAAAAAUAAAGAUCUUAAAAAAAGGGAAUUAAAAGCAUCAUCAAAAAAAAGGGAAAAAAAGAGCAACGUCGUUUGUUUGUUUGUUUGCUUGUCUUUAUAGGAUUCAUUAUACGAUUAUUCUUUACCUCUAUUCUCCCUUGGAAGAGUUCCUUCAUCUGGCCUCUUAAUUCUCCCGUCAAUUAUCACCUCGAUCGACCUCUUAUUCUUUCACGGGUUCACAGUUCCACGGCUCAAUUCGUACCUACCUACCUACCUACCUACCUAUCUACUUCGAAGUUCGUACAUAUCAAUCACACGAUUUCGGUUUCCUACACCUCACCUCACCUUACCUCACCUCACCUCAUAAAUCACCUUAGCCGCCUGCCUGGUUGACUGACUGACCUUUAUUUUCGCCUGCUCGCCGCCUCACCGUUUGACCAGUUCAUCCGUCGACAUAGGUCUUCAUCCAUAUUCGACUCAUACCUAGCAACCGUAAUCUCGUCUUGUCUUGUCUCGUCUCGUGUCACCUCAACCCAUCCAAAUCCUAAUCCAUCUAGCCAUCCAUCCCAAACAGGCGUCAAUCUCCAUCUCCCAUCUCCAUUUUCCCCACGACUCACGAUCUCAUCUUUUUGUUAUACUAUUUUCAUCAUUUCUACCUAAACUCAAUUUACUUGAUCCUUUCAAGGUUUGCCACCUAAUUAUUCUUAUUACUUUGUUAUUUAUUAUUCACUUGAUCCAAAGAGCAAAGGGAUCACGAGAUUUCUUUGUUGAUUGAUUGAUUGAUUUUUUUAUCUAUUUAUUUUUUAUCGUAUUUUAUUCAUCCUUUAUUAAAAUCAUUACACGAUUCAUAAAAUACCUCCUCCCUCCAGUCAAUCAUCAGUCAUCAGCCAUCAGUCAUCAAUCAUUCAACCCAAGCUCCCAAAAGAAAAGGAUUUGUACUCUUCACCUGAAGGCGAAACUGGACCUUGGCUGGUUACACAUAAGAUUGAUUCACUCUGUACGAAUUAUCUAUCUACUUGAGUACUUGGUAUUAAACACCUAAACACCUACCAAGACUCCCGUAUACUUUAUUACUCACUACUCACUACUCACUACUCACUACGGUACCGGCUUUAACUUUAUUUGUGGAUCAUCAAGUCUUCCAAGUUGCCACUAAAAUCAGUCAUACCCCAUCAACAACUGAACACCUAAAAAGAUCAUCAAUCCUCUCUCUUCUCUUCUCUUCUCUUCUCUUCUUCACUUCUUCACUUCUUCACUUCAAAUAAUCCAUCGUGACUUCUGAGUCUUAAAAAGGAUUAUUGAAAGGGAAAAGGAAAAAAGGAAAGGAAAGAGAAAGACUCAUACUGCGAGCCUAAACUUUGUUAGUCUCAGUCGCCUUCGCAAUCUUCGCCUCUUCAUCCUAUUCACAAAAACGCAUUACUCACUCCACUCAAUCCUUUGUUCAAUGACAACCAUCGGUUUAUAACCCUCGACUUUCCUUUACUACCCAUCGCGAAUACCUUCGCACACCUACACACCACACACACAGUACAGUACAACCAUAUUUCGAAUGCUUGAUUUUACUCUUUCAUAAAAAGGCAUACGUUUCACAAAACUACCCUUGACAUACACACACACACACACCCUUACCCUCACCCUCUCGUCCAAAGUCGCGACCUUUGAUGGGACGCUGGUUUACCCAAUAAACUAGCCCACCAUUUAUCACAACACUUACCAUUUCACAAAACGGAAAGGUCAACAUGCUCUUAGGUCUUUCAAUUUCUUACCCAGUCGCCAGUCUUACAUCGUCCAAAUCUACCGGUUAUAUCGUUCCUGAAGAAAUCAUUGCGAUCUCUUCUGCAUACUAGUCUUGCCCUCCUCCUACCUCGAUCAUCUAGCUUCUGCAAUAACUACCGCGUUGUUGCACGAGCCUGUAUCUAGUCAGAAGGUUUCUUGGGAAUAGUCUACAACGUUAUAAUCUAGAUUUCGGCUUUGUACAGACGGCGACUGGAGUUUUAUUUCGCAUAGAACUUUUUCAUUUCCGAUUUACUUACAAAAUACUCCAAAUACACACAAAACACUUUGAAGAUGCAUUGCGGCGAAGAUGAUUUGUCGCCUUACACCUCAUUUUGUAAUGGUCCUUACAGUUCCUCGAUAGCCUCGUCGGCUUCCUCCUCUACGUCUUCAGUUUGGUCCGAUGCAGCUUCACAAGCAUCCGACAACUCUUCCAUCACCAGCGCCUCCUCCGAUUCCGAACCUUCAUACUUCUGCGCAAAUCAACCUCCCCUUCCGACUAUAGCAAUCGAUGUCUGCGAAAAAAAUAACAUUACAAAAUUUUGGCCACAACAAAGGUUACCCGUGGAAAUUGCCCCAGAAGAAAGGCAGAACCCCAGAAGGACUAGUGUCGGAUCUAGUACCCGCACAGGUCGUCCUCCUACCCUGAUACGUCAAGCUGAUCGCAAGGUCAACUUUGUUGACAGCCUCGUCGAUUCUUCGGCUUUGAUUGUCGAAGCCAUAUGGCCCCUUUCAACCGUCGCUUGUAGAAGCGAAAUGGGUAAAGGUGUCCUCCCUCUGCGCAUCUUCAUCCAAGAAACCUUGAGAAGAUCAAGGACCAGCUACUCGACUCUUCAAGUCGCCUUGUACUACCUGAUCUUGAUCAAACCAUUUGUACCAAAGACCGAUUUUACUAUGGAGCAAGCGGAUGACACUCAAUCAUUCCGGGCUUUACAAUGUGGUCGACGAAUGUUCCUCUCUGCGCUUAUUCUCGCAUCGAAAUAUCUGCAAGAUAGAAAUUACUCGUCUCGCGCUUGGAGUAAGAUUUCUGGACUACCCACUUUGGAAAUCAAUCAAAACGAAAUAGCAUUCCUCCUUGCUGUGAAGUGGGAGUUGCACAUUACCGAGAAAGUUUUUCAACGUUGGACCGACAUUGUUUUGAACUAUACACCAUCAUCGCAGCCUCCAUCCCCAGGAGCCUCUACUCUGAGUAUCGCAGAGCAAUCGGUUGAGUGGAAACGAAUUGUUCUCCAGCUCAACCCGGAAUUGGAUAACAUGAACGAAAUCACGAGUCCAUCUCACAAAGAAGUUUGUGGUCUUCCAUUGAGACCUUUCACGCCAUUGUCUGCGUAUCAUUUUUCAGGUUCCAAUGAGCCCACCUCGUCUCCAAAGCAUUAUUCACCUCAUGUCAUGGAGCCAUCACCAUCAGCCACGUAUCCAACUGUUAGACCUGUACCGGCUCUUGGCCUUCUCCCAACUCCACGAUUGACUCCCCAGAGUACUGGAUACAACACUCCUGCUGUGAGUGCUGCAUCUUACAUGCUCGGUAAAUCAUCCAUGAGUCUCGCCAUGGCACAGACAAACUUCUGCGGCCCGCAAGCGACUGAAAAGUGGGCAGGUCAAUUGACCUCAUCCCCACAAGGUUAUUCCUGCAAUCGUCGAUCAUCCUUGGCCAACUCGGUCUCGUCUAUGUCUUCGCCAGAGUCAAUGGUUUCGGAUACUUCAUCAAGAACAUCUCGUUCAUCUUCAAUCUCAUCUGCAUCGUCAGUGACGAGCGCGCCGGUCUCAGCAAAGCUGGAUGUCCAGGCGCGUUGUCGAUAUGCGAAGUUGUGUAGUGAGAAGAAGAAUAGAAAUGUUAUUGUGACAGUGGCCGAAUUGUGUGAAAGCUACGACGAAGUUGGGGCCGAUGCAUUAGAUGAAGCCGCACGAACUUUAUACGAAUUGCACCGCCAAUCCGUAUCUGUGGACUCAUCUAACAGAGUUGAUGACAAACCCGCGCAUACAUCUAACAGAGCUGGUGCUAAACGAAGUAGGACUCAUUCACUUGAAGCUUCUCUUCAUGAUAACGUACGAGACUUGUUGAUGACUGGGGGUAUGGCACACGUUUUGGCGAAGCCAGGUGGACAUGCCAGCGAUGUGCAAAUUUUGCCAGCGGCAUCGUCUGGAAGAAAGAGACUAUGUUGUGCGACCGAAGCUGCUCGAGGACUUUCUCAAACAAAUAUCCACCCAGCUUUUCGCCCGGGAAUGUGGGAGGGAAUACUAAACUAAUACACCUUACCGACUUAUACAUACACUACAACACACUUGUCAUAACAGAUUUUCUUUUUCGUUUGUCUUUUUUUAGUUGGUUGGCAAAAGAGACAGUGCAAUGGCCACAUCUAGCCUUCACGCAUCAUCACAUACCAUGGGAAUCGGAUUUUAGAUGGCGUGACUGCAUAUGCCGUUGAUCAUUUUAUUGGAACACUGGAAUUGAGGUCAAUGGUACCCGGCUAAUUUUCAUGGAGAUGGGGAUAAGGGGAAGGAACAUUGGGGGCAUAUAUCGACAGGUUGGGGGAUGCUUGUACGAUGGUUGGCGAAUGCUGGCUUGGCUUUGUUUUUAAAUGGGAGUGGGUUGGUCAAGGGUGGAAUCAAUGCUAUGUUGCGUGCGAUGAAAAUAUUAUAUCAUCAUUGGUAAAACAUGUUGGAAGUGGGAUGGCGUGGAGUUGGAAUCAACCGGUGGAGUUCUUACCUUUUUUAUUAAAAAAAAACAUUACUUUCUUUUCAAGUCAGGACAGAUGUGAUAUGGAUGGAUUUAAGCAGAAAUGAAUGGUGUGUGUUGGUGUGUUUAGUGGUGAUGGUGAUGGUGGUGAUGAGAAUGAAAUGGUGGUGGUUGUGGUGAUGAAAAUUUGUCAGGUCAUAGGCAAGAUUUUCAUGAAACAUGGAAUAUGUAUGUCUAACAGACGUUAGAUCAUAAAAACGUAUUUUUCAAUACUAUCUAUCUACCCUACCUACUACUACUUCUCUCUCGUGUGUGUAUGUGUGUGGUUGAUGUUGAUGUUGAGGCUUUGAU